AUGCGGUUGCCGUGCUCAGCGUUGGGACUACAGACGCUGUAUGACAACCUGAAGCCAGUUUGGCGCAUUCUGCUUCCAUAUAGCUUUCUGUGCGUGCUGUUCACGCUAGCUGUCCAGCUCUAUGGACCCUUCUUGCGCUCAAUGGUCGAAUGCGCAGAGCAGCCAGAGCCUGGCGCAAAAUUCAGUGGUUCUGCUCACUGUGGGAACUCCCACUAUGUCCUCUCCAUGGCACAAGCUCAAGAGGGUAGGCUGGUCGCAAUGAAGCUAUUGGUGCAUGCUUUUUCGGGCCCACUGCUCGGGCUUCUAGCUGACAGUAUGGGGCGACGCCCCAUUUUGCUGUUGGGUUUGACCGGCUUCCUCACGGCCUUCCUCUUGUUUGCUCUGGUGGCUUUCCUGCCGACACUACACGGCUCUGCCAGUGCAAUGUCCUUGUGCUUCUUCUUGGAGGGGGCGACAAGUGCUUUUGACGUGGUCUUCUUGGCCAUGCUCGCGGACACAACGAAGUCACCGGCUGGUCGGGUCACAUCCUUUUCCCUGUACUAUGCGACGGGGGCCCUGGGUAACGCCAUUGCCAUCGGCAUCUUCGUGGAGGAGAUGACCUGGGAAGUGCGCGACUUCAGCCUGACCUGGGCCUGCAUGGCCAUGGCCAUGGCCGCGCUCAUCUUGUAUGUUCUCGUCUACGUGCCGGAGACACUGCCCUCUGCGCUGCUCUCGAAGUCGCACUCGAAGCCCCAGGCUUUGUACGUGCGGUUAGUGGGCCACUCCAUGGAGCAGAUGCACUUCCUGAUCUCCAGCCGAUUUCUCCAGGUCUGGCUGGUGGCCGUGCUUUUCAAGUCCUUGGCGUCAGGGCUCUCCAGCAUCAACGCCUCCUUUACCCUUGCAGUCUAUGGCUGGAGACCUGGAGAUUGGCAAGCCUGGACAUGGCCCUGUGAGGUCAUUUCAAUGAGUAGCCUUGGCAUCCUCGGGCCCUGGGCCGGCCGAAAGCGGCCCGAGUCGGUCAUUGCCCUCACCGCCGUGGUGUCUGUGGCCCUGCAUGUCGUGCAGAUGCUGGCGCCGUUCCACGCACUGGCCCUCAUCGGACCGCAUUUGAUGGCCGGAGUGCUCGCGUUUGCACGGCCUGUGUCAGCGGCGUACUUGAGUGGCCGCUUCCCAGCGUCCCAGCAAGCGAAAGUCCAGGCAAUCGCCCAUCUCAGCCACAACUGUGGCGUUUCGCUGUCCGUGGCGAUCUUCUCAUCGCCGCAGCUCUUCAGGCCCCACUCACGUGGCUGGGAUGCGGCUCGACCAUUCCUGCUGGCCGGGAUCCUGUCUGCCAUCGGCAACAUCACCAAGAUGGUUCUGGUGCAGCGGGGUGCUGGCGCCGCCAAGGCUGGGCAGCAAGAGUUGGAGAUGGCACUGCCCCAUCGCGCACAGUCCCCGCGCUCCAGCGAGGCGCAUGAGAUCUGA